AUGGCCACCAAACGCCCGCGCAGCCCAGGUCAAGCUCUCAUUCCCAACCCUUUCAUCAAGAAGCGAAACCUAGAAUGGGCCCUCAACGUCCCCGAGGACGCCGCCCAAGCAACGCACCGCCAGGCAGCUGACGACAGCGAUGACGACGACGCUGCUCAACCGCCCCCGCCAACAGCCGCAGCCAUCGAAUCCGGCAGCGCCACCAUCGCCAACCACGCCGCACACUUCAGCGCCGUCCUCGCCGGCGCCGCCCUCGACCCCUGGCCCCGCGGCGCCCCGCGCCUGCCCACGGCCGCCUUCGCCGCCCUCUACGCGUCGUGCCUCGGGGCCCCGAGCGGCGCGCACUUUGUCGUCCACCAGCACGACCACCCCGUCGCGGGCACGCACUACGACCUGCGGCUGCAGAUCAACGGGGCGAGCAGCGCGAGCUGGGCCGUCAUGUACGGCCUGCCGGGCGACGCCGGCUCGGCCCGGCUCGGCCGCAACGCAACCGAGACGCGCGUGCACUGUCUGUGGAACCACCUCGUCGAGACGGCGUCGCGGGCCACGGGGUCGCUGCUUGUCUGGGACACGGGCACGUAUGAGGUGCUCGGGCGGCGGUCCAAGUCUGCGCCCGAGGUUGAUCCUGAGUCGGAGCGAAGCGAGGACGAGGCCGAGGCCGAGGAUGGCAGGACGGAGCAGGAGAAACUUCGGGAUGCCUUUGCCGAGAGGAAGAUUCGGGUCCGGCUGCACGGCGCAAGGCUGCCGAGGGGCUAUACGCUCAAUUUGCGGCUGACGAAGGAAGAAGAUCGGGAGGGGAGGGAGAAGGCUAGCAGGUCAGCCAGCAGAGCGGCUCCGCAGAGGAGGAGGCGAAGGAUGGUUCAAAAACAGGACGUCAUCGUUGAGACGAGCGAGGAGGCCGAUUCGUCGUCUUCCGAGAAAGAGGAGGAGGAGGAGCUGGACGAUGCCGUGCUCGAAGCAAAAGAGGAAGUCCCGGAGGAGGAGUCGAACCCCCUGGCAGGCCCGGCCAAUAUGUCACAGGCUAUGCGUCAGGAAAUUGAGGAACUGGAAGACGCUCAAGUCCGCGCCACGAACGCCUACCCCGGCGCAGAGAACACCAUCGGCAGCGUCCACCAGCGUAGGUGGUACCUCUCCAUGGACCGAGCGGCGAGCGGCUUCGUCAAGAAAAGGAGAGGGGGUGGGGCGAAGAAGCUACGCUGGGAGUUAGAAGAUGAGCAAACCCCGGGUGAAGACGGACGUCUGACAUACCCCUUUCAUGUCCGCGGACCCGAAGUCGAGCGUAGUCUCAUCACGGGCCGUCUCGGUAGUGACGUCCUCCGUGACGAGGGCGUCGUGGACUUCGUAGGCCGCAAGGGGUGGCGGCCCGUACUGCGUUGA